AUGGGAUGCGGAAUCUUGACGCCGAGAUGGAUUUGGAUUCGAAAUUUUGGCUUCAGCGGGCUCUUUGGGCAUAUUUGUGAGACUGAUGAUGGUGGGACAGUUAUAAUUUCAGAAGCCUGUUUGAAAGAUGGAUAUGUGAGUCAUCGAUUUUUUAGAAAUGUGGUAUACGUAUAUGUCAAGUGGUACUCAAAAAAUUGCUUUUCAGACAAUCUUCGAUGGCCCCUAUCGUCAUGCGACUUUGGUUCUGGUCUUUCUCUCCGCCGCUUCUUUUGUCAUCUCCUUGGCUUGCGGAGUUCUCACCCAAUGCUGGCUGAAACAUAGAUUUUUUACUGUGACCUUUGCGUUGAAUCUGAUUGCAACGAGUUUCGGCUACCUUGGAACACACACUUUUUGUGAGCAUUUCUCCAUUGGGGCUGGUAAGUGAUCAGCCCCAAUUUUUGGUAAUUUUCAGAAGGCAACCCAGACGUUAUUAAUAUUGCUCCAAAAUGGUCCGACAUCUACUUCGAAUACGGCUAUUUCCUAUAUCUAGGCGGUGUGAACUUGGGUCUGAUUGGUGGACUUGCCAGUGGCUUGAUUUAUUUUAUUGAAUAA